CUCAGUUUAACGUGUCUGUGUCUGUGGUGAACAACAUGAAGUGCUCUGUCCUCUGCCUCUUGGCUGUGGCCUUUGUGCCUUUGCUCUCCGCUCUGAAAGAAGUGCCUAAACCCAAACCAGGAUCGUGUCCUAGAGCAGACGGCUUUGGGAUCUGUAUCAAUACAUGCAACUUUGACCAAGACUGUGAGAGGAACUUGAAAUGCUGCUCCAACGCCUGUGGGCGAACCUGUCAGGAGCCAGUCAAGGUGCCUAAACCCAAACGAGGAUUGUGCCCUGCUCCAGACGGCUUUGCGAUCUGCAUCCAUUCAUGCACUUCUGACCAAGACUGUAAGGAGGACCUGAAAUGCUGCUCCAAUGGCUGCGGACAAACCUGUCAAAAGCCAGUCAUAAGAACCAAACCAGGAUCUUGUCCUGCUCCAAUCCCCCAUUUCACUACAUGUGAUGAUCAAUGCUCUGACGACAGCGAAUGUGACAAGAACCUCAAAUGCUGCUACAGCGGCUGUGGCUACGAGUGUAAGAGCCCUGAACAUGGCAACCAGGAAAAUGUGAAAGGAUAAUAAUCAUCACAAAGCACUGCACUGUUAUAUAUAUGUAUCUCUGUCUCUCUCUCUCUCUCUCUAUAUAUAUAUAUAUAUGACUAUUAAACUCCAUCUCUUUUCUGACUUUGCAAAGACAUUGUGCAGUUCCCAUAAAUAAACCUUUAAAUAAACAAGUUUGUCAGCCUAGUUAUUUUUGCAUUAAAAUGUUGUUGCAUUCCCUGUGAUCCAACUUUCUGUUGUGUUUAUUUGUUAAAUAAACAUAAGUCAUAAGAUGACA